CCCACCAGAGCGGAGCGGCCGGAGCCGGGCAGCAGCCAUGCCACUUCCUGAUGUUAUGUUCUGCGCUCAGCAGAUUGAAAUUCCACCUGAGUUUCCGGACAUUUUAAAACAGUUUACAAAAGCUGCCAUCCGGACCCAGCCACGUGAUGUUCUUCAGUGGUCUGCUGCGUAUUUUUCAGCGUUGUCUAAAGGUGAAACCCUUCCAGUGAAGGAACGGUAUGAAAUGCCAGUGGCAACUCAAAAAAAUAACACUGGUCUUACACCAGGUCUUCUGAAGAUUCUGCACAAUCAGCUCUCUUCAAAGAUGAUUGUUGACGAGCUUGAGAUAAUGGAAAAAUGGAAAGACCUAGGAUUGCCAUUCCAACAACUACAAAACAUUCUGCAACUGGGCAAUUUACAGAAUGAGAUUGAAUGGAUGAAAUUCUUGGCACUUGCUUGCAGCGAUUUGGGUGGGACUCUAUUCAGUGCCUUGAAAUAUGCCUGUGAAAUCCUAACGUCUGACCCAACUGGAGGUGCUGCCCACAUCGAUUUUGAAACCUUCAAGUAUUUGUACAUCUACUUAGCAACGAUGGAUGAGGAAAUUACAGAGUCUGAAAUUCAUGCAACCCUUCAAGCUUUACAGGAAGAUGUGGAUAAGCAAGGUGGAUUGAUACAACCCAGAAACUUCAAACGACUUAAUAAAAAGCAACCUGAAGCAAAUGCAGUUCCAAAAUGACUAAACAUAAUCUUUUUGUUCCUGCAAGAUUAUGUUCAAUAUUGGUUAAAAAAAGUAUAACUUAACACAGAGAACAAGCAACAAUUUACCUCUCCAACAAAAAUCUUCAUAUAUUCCACACUGAUCAUUUUCAUGCUUAAUAA